GGUGGCAAUAAUAUCGCCCGUCGGAAUCAGAUGCCAGCGCUAUAAAUCCUCGCGCGGCGUCGCUGCUGAAAUAGGCCACUCCCUCGCCUUUUGCCACACUAGCAUAGACACCUGCCAGUUCCGUCUCCCCCCUGGUCCCUUUUUCCUGAGCGGAGCUCGUGCGAGGAGAGAGGGAUCAUCGGAGAUGCUGCUGCACGGGUUAUGGGACAAGGUGACGGGGAAGAACAAGGAGGCGUGGAAGGAAGGGAGGAUCCGGGGCACGGCGGUGCUGGUGAAGAAGGACGUGCUGGACCUGGGCGACUUCCACGCCUCCCUCCUCGACGGCGUCCAUAAGAUCCUCGGCUGCGAAGACGGCGUCGCCUUCCACCUCGUCAGCGCCACCGCCGCCGACCCCAACAAUGGAGAAAGGGGGAAGGUGGGGAAGGCGGCCCACCUGGAGGAGCUAGUGGUGACGAUGAAGUCGACGGCGGCGGGUGAGUCGGUUUUCCGGGUGGCGUUCGAGUGGGACGACUCCCAGGGGAUCCCCGGCGCCGUCAUCGUCCGGAACACCAACCGCUCCGAGUUCCUCCUCAAGACGCUCACCCUCGAGGGCGUCCCCGGCCGGGGCACCGUCGUCUUCGUCGCCAACUCCUGGAUCUACCCCGCCGCCGGCGACCGCGUCUUCUUCGCCAACGAUACCUAUCUGCCCAGCAAAAUGCCUGUACUUUUGGUACAAUACCGACAAGAUGAACUCAGAAAUCUCCGUGGCGACAGUAAAGCUGGACCAUAUGAGGAGCAUGACCGUGUGUACCGCUAUGACUACUACAAUGACCUCGGGGAACCAGACAAGGGUGAGGACCAUGUACGGCCGAUGCUCGGUGGCAGCCAAGAACACCCUUACCCCCGUCGUGGUAGAACCGGCCGACGGCCGACAAAAACAGAUCCGAAAUCAGAGAGCAGGCUUCCUCUGUUGAACCUGAAGAAGGCGCUGAACAUUUACGUCCCACGCGAUGAGCGCUUUGGGCAUCUCAAGUUGUCUGACUUCCUUGGGUACUCUCUCAAGGCCAUAACGGAGGCUGUUGUUCCGAUUAUAAGGACCUAUGUCGAUACGACACCGAAGGAGUUUGAUUCCUUUCAAGACAUCAUGAAUCUCUACGAUGGUCUUCUAGAAGUGCCACAUAGCCCAGCUCUAGCAGAGAUCAAGAAGAAAAUUCCCUUUGAUUUUAUUAAAAGUAUUUUACCAGUCGCUGGUGACGAUUUUCUCAACUUGCCCUUUCCACAUGUUGUCAAGUCAGAUAGGUCUGCUUGGAGGACAGAUGAGGAGUUUGCACGAGAAAUGCUCGCAGGAGUUAAUCCGGUUUGCAUCAGACGUCUGACGGAGUUCCCUGCAAGAAGUACCCUGGAUCACAGUGUGUAUGGGGACCAUACCAGCAAAAUCACUGAAGAUCAUAUUCAGCAUAACCUUGAAGAUGGCCUCUCAAUUAAAAAGGCGUUAGAGAGCAACAGGCUCUUCAUUCUAGAUCACCAUGAUAACUUUAUGCCGUUCCUUGACCGCAUCAACAAAUUGGAAGGCAACUUUAUCUAUGCUUCCAGGACCCUGCUGUUCCUGAAGGCCGAUGGCACGCUGAAGCCCUUGGCCAUUGAGCUGAGCCUGCCGCACCCUGACGGGCAGCAACAUGGUGCAGAGAGCAAGGUGUACACUCCAGCUGUUGAAGGUGUUGAAAGCCAAAUCUGGCAGCUUGCCAAGGCCUAUGCGUGCGUCAAUGAUUCCGCUUGGCACCAGCUGAUCAGCCACUGGUUGAACACACAUGCAGUGAUCGAGCCGUUUGUGAUCGCGACGAACCGACAGCUCAGCGUAGUUCACCCCGUGCAUAAGCUGCUGAGUCCGCACUACCGCGACACAAUGAACAUCAACGCCCUGGCGCGGCAGACCCUCAUCAAUGCCGGUGGCAUCUUUGAGCUGACUGUGUUCCCUGGGAAGUACGCGCUGGAGAUGUCUUCUGUCGUGUACAAGGACUGGAAGCUCACUGAACAGGGCCUCCCCGCCGAUCUCGUAAAGAGAGGUGUCGCUGUGCCAGACCCGUCGAGCCCAUACAAUGUCCGGCUGCUGAUCAAGGACUACCCGUACGCCGUGGAUGGACUGGUGAUCUGGUGGGCUAUCGAGACAUGGGUGAAGGAGUACCUCACCAUCUACUACCCCAACGAUGGUGUGCUCCGGAGCGACGAGGAGCUGCAGAAGUGGUGGAAGGAGGUGCGUGAGGUCGGGCACGGUGAUCUCAAGGACGCAGACUGGUGGCCCAAGAUGGAUACCGUCCAGGAGCUGGCCAAGAUGUGCACCACCAUCAUCUGGGUGGCGUCAGCGCUGCAUGCAGCGGUCAACUUCGGGCAGUACCCAUACGCCGGGUACCUCCCCAACCGGCCUACCGUGAGCCGGCGGCCGAUGCCGGAGCCCGGCAUGAAGGAGUAUGCACAGCUGGAGCGCGGCGGGAAGGAGGCCGACAAGGUGUUCAUCCACACCAUCACCAGCCAGUUCCAGACCAUCCUUGGCAUCACGCUCAUCGAGAUCCUGUCAAAGCACUCCUCUGACGAGGUGUACCUCGGGCAACGUGACACACCGGAGUGGACGUCGGACGCCAAGGCGCUGGAGGCGUUCAAGAGGUUCGGCAGCCGGCUUAUCGAGAUCGAGAAGCGGAUCACGGAGAUGAACGGCAACCCGUCGCUCAAGAACCGGAACGGGCCGGUGAAGAUGCCUUACAUGCUGCUGUACCCCAACACGUCGGACGUCACCGGCGAGAAAGGCGUGGGGCUCACGGCCAUGGGCAUCCCCAACAGCAUCUCCAUUUGAUCGCGUAGUGUCUGCGUCGUCGGUCUGUGUCUCGCACAGUGCAUUGUGUUUCUUUCAUUGAUUGUCGUGUCGUUGCGGUAAUUAAUUGUUCAGGGAUUAGGGGGGUGAUGAUGAGAGUGAGGAACGAAUAAGUUAGUCUUCUCUGUAUUUUUCAUCUCCGGAAAUAAAAGAGUGGUAUAGUUUGCAUUUCCUGAAA